AUGACACAGACGAAGACGAGGCUGCUGCUCACUGGGUCCGCAGGCUACCUCGGUGGCUCCGUACUCACCGCACUCCUUCGAUCGAACGACACCAGCGUCCAACGGUUGGAGAUCUCCGCCCUAAUUGAGAGCUCCUGGUGCUUGGAGCAUUGGACAAAGCACGGAGUAAAGCCCAUCCCCUUUGCUGGACCUGAGGAUGUUGAGCUGCUGGCGUAUACCGCCAGCCAGCAUGACGUCGUGAUUCACUGCGCAGGUGCAUGGGAUCCCGACGCCGUGGAAGCCCUGGUUUUGGGCCUUGGGAUCCGGCGCACGCUGACCGGGAGCCCGGUUUAUAUGAUCCACACAUCGACCAUUGCGAAUCUCCAUGAUGCGACCUCGGCCCAGCUUGACAGUGAGCCCCGUUGGUUCGACGACAAAUUGGACAACCUACUGGAACACAUGUGGCGUCGCCAGAACUGCGAGAUUUAUAGGCCGCGCACCACAGAUUUACUGCUCGCGCAACGCUCCCAAGAGGCCGGGAUCCGGACGUACACCAUCAUGGCGCCGCUAAUUUACGGAUUGGGGACCGGACCGUUCGACAAAAGGGGUGCGGUGCACAUUCGGACCUUAUCAGUAGCUGCUAUCCGGGCUCGACAGGCCGUCUAUCUUCACAGCGCAGGUACAGGUACCGUUGACUACGUCCAUGUGCAGGACCUGGCUGAUCUCUAUGAGUUACUCCUGCGGCGUGCGCUGACGGGCGAUCGAGAAGUGCUGCGUGAGACGCGCGGAAUCCUGUUCGCCAGCGCCGGAAGAUCGAGCUGGCCGCAGCUCGCCGCUGGAGUGGCGCGCGUGGGCGUUUUGCUUGGAUGGCUAGAGACACCGGAGCCACGGGCCAUCGCCGUGGAAGAGGCCCUCGCCCUCGGAAUGGCCGCUACCAGACAGGAGCUGGAGCUAGAAUUUGCUGGCAGUUGUCGGGGCCGCGCAUCUCUGGCUCAGGCACUAGGAUGGAAGCCGCGCAAAACGGAGCGAGACUGGGAGCUGAAUUUCGCGGACGACUUUGUCCAGGCCAUUUUAAACAUGCAGUGA